AUGUGGAACAUUUGGUGGGCAAGAAAUAAGCUAGUAUUUACAGGGUCUCAAUUUGAUUGGAAGCAUAUUGUUGAGAAUUCUUAUAACUCUGCUCUGGAGUAUAUUCAAGCCACUGCUACCAAUCAUAGUAAAAACUCUAAACAAGUUAUUCAUAUUAAUUGGUCUCCUCCUUCUGAUGGCUUUAUAAAGUUGAAUGCAGAUGGUGCCUCAAAUGACAAGGGAAGUGCAGUCUGUGCUGGAGUUCUUCGCAGGGAUGAUGGGAGCUUCAUGGCCGCUUUUUGCAAGCAUAUCUAUCAUAAAAGCAAUAAUCUGGCAGAACUUUGGCAGUUAGAGAUGGUAUAA